AUGCGUCGCAAUAGCGACACGGGCGACAACCAGGCGACGACGACCGUCCCAGCGGCGGUCAACGCUCCGUAUACGACCGAGGAGACGGGCGCAGACACGACAACCGACGGCGUGCAGACCACCGGGCGCGACCACAACCACGACAAUACGACCGGCGUGGCGAAUUCGAACACGACGACCGCCAUGCUGCUGAACAGUGCGGCGCACCUGCGACAUGGGGCCGCAAGCUCGGAUACCACCGCCACGGCGACCUGCGGCGCAAUAGUGGGCUCAGGCCUAACCGAACGCGCCCGGUGCGGCGGGUGUAGGCCAUGGAGGAUGCGUGAGCGAGCAGUGUGCGAUACGAGCGGCACAGGUAGCACGGAUGAUGUACGGACGGCCGCCGCGAUCACUUACAGCCUCGCGCUCGCAAAUGCGUUCAUCAAACUCGUCUUCGUGCUGCCCAUCCGCCGUCAAUCACCAUGGAUCAUGCAAACGGGGGUAGCGCAAUCACUAGCCCCGGGAUCUUCGCAAACGCGCCCCCUCGCAGUCCAUCCUUCCGCCCUCGAUGGACACGAACCGGACGCAGCAUUGCCAGCGCAAGUUGCUGGCAGCUGCCCUCCGUGUUCGCAACGGCACCUACCCGACGCGCGAACCGCGCUCUCCCACCUGUAUCCAACAUCGACAGAUACGCCACAACGGACGCAAACGCUGGACACUGCGCACUCGCAACCGAGCGCGUUCAUCGAACGCACCCUCGUGCUGCCCAUCCGCCGUCAAUCGCCAUGGAUCGCGCCACCACGGUUCCAUCCUUCCGCCCUCUCGAUGGACACGGACCGGACGCCACAUUGCCAGCGCAAGUUGCUGGCAGCCACCCUUCAUGAUGGGAGCCUCCUCUCAGUGCACUAUCACGGGCUCCAUCUCCAUCACCUGAAGAAUCAGCAGAUCUCUCCGCUGCUCGGCCACCCUCUGAUGACCUCCGCGCCGAAGCUGAAGACGAGCUCUCUGUCCAUCCUUUCACAGUGA